AUAUUUCUUUGUGUUUAUGGUUAUGGUAUGUUUAUAUUUUUUUAGGUUAGGGGACAUAUUUUUAAUAUGCCACCUAAAAAAGGCGGAAGUUCAUCGAAAGCAGCAACGAAAGGUAAAACAGACGAAGAAAAAGGUGCAGCUAAAGAAAAGAAGGGUGGCUCUGCCGUGAAGGUGCGACACGUUCUGUGCGAGAAGCAGUCGAAAGUCCUGGAAGCACUCGAGAAACUGAAAGGAGGGAUGAAGUUCCCCGAUGUUGCGGCCCAGUACAGUGAAGACAAGGCGCGGCAAGGGGGGGACCUUGGCUGGAUGACCCGGGGCUCCAUGGUGGGGCCCUUUCAGGAAGCAGCGUUCGCCUUGCCCGUGUCAACGGUUGCCAGCCCUGUGUACACCGAUCCCCCCGUGAAGACCAAGUUUGGCUACCACAUAAUUAUGGUGGAAGGAAAGAAGUGAUUGCUUUUAUAAUUAAUUCUUGAACUACUUAUAUAGGUAAUAUUCUUAUCUGUGUACAUUUGUAAAUUAAGUGGACUGUGAAUUAUGUUCAUAAAAAUUUCUGUAACUAAA